CAAAUACAAUCAAUCCAACAAUCAGAAACUUGAUUCUCAACAAUCUUGAUGAUAAUGAGAAACAAGUUUUUUAUGAAAAAUGCUCUGAAUCUCCUUUAUCAAGCUUAGAACCAGACAUUUCUACUACAAUUGAUAGUAUUCUAAAAGCUGAUGAAUCCGGCCAGCCAAAAUUGUACUCAAUGGAAGAUAUGGAUGACUUGUUGGAUCAGAUACAGACCAAGAAGGCCGAAUGCAGCAGAAGCAAGCAACGAGAUACCCAGCUGUAUCAAGUUUUAUGUUAAUUGAGUCAUUUGAUUUAUGGGAUGACGAUGAUAAUGCAAGCGAGAUGACCCAUUAUCGCAGAGUCGCUUCGCUUUUAGACGUUGUCUUUAAAAAAACAGGCAUCAGACUUCAUGACGGUGAGACCGGAUCCAAGUCUACGAAACUUGAACGAGAAACAAAUAAGGCCAUUUUCCAUACAAAGGAUACGUCCCCCACCUAUCCAAGAAAGAUUGAUUUAUUAUUGAAAUGUAAUGACGCAAAGACUGAUAUCGAAAUGUCGUCUAAUGAAUGGAAACGUGCUUCUGUCAGCAAAAAUGUCCAACUCAUGCAGCAAUGCAAAAAUUUGAGGAUCAAUACAGUAAUCCUGAAAAACUUGAAAAAAUUAGGUGUAAAUAAAACAUUGUCAAUGGAUUGGACUGGAAAUUCUGGUUAUAUUUAUCAGCUGGAGUGGUGCCCAGACCAGGAAGUUUAUUUAGCGAGCAAUUGUAUAAUUGUUCAACUGCCCUCAAGUCCAUUGCUGUUGUUUGAUUUAAAACCCACAUUAGAAUCAUUUUUCGGACUUAAGCUUUCUCUACUUCAGGAUGCCAAGAUUAUCAAAGCCUCUUUACAAGUUCAGAAACAAAAAAAGAAUAUGCAAGGUGUAGCUGAUUCAUGUUCGCUGAGUAUUAGAACUCCAGCGUCUACUUCUCUUCUGAAUUUUUUAUCAUCACUGUUGAGGAUAUCAUAGAUAUAAUAAUAAAGUUAAUUGUCACAUCACAUUAAGGAUGGAUGAUAAAUAUAAAAGUUAA